AUGUUGAUGCAAUCUGCGCUCUCCUGCGACAGCAGGAAAUACCUGUCCGGUCCCCUCUACCGCGCGCUUUCGCCCACGCCGCCUCCAUGCGACGGAAUCAGCGGCAGCCUGAUGGGCGUUAGUCGCAAACUACAAACGCUGUUGAAUGUGCCACCGGGCCCUGCAUCGCCAGCCCCGCGGCGCUCUUUGCGCCUGGCGAGUCCUUUCUGUCUAGACGAAGCGAAACCGACCAAAUCGCCGUUGCGCCGGUCGCGCAGGACGACGCCCAAGUCGGCCACACCCAACAAACCCAAGACACCUUCUCCUCAGCCUCCUCGCGGUCGUCACAAGCGCAGUCGCAGUAUUUAUGAAGACGGCAACAGCGACAGCGAAACUGAACAGGCUUCCGGUCGCCCGCGCAAUCGCUACUCAACCCCAAAACGCCAGAAACGUUUUCCAUACCACAUGCCACUCGGGCUCGGUAUUUCCGAUUUCGAAGCCCUCGAAGAGCCCAUCUCGCUUCCGCACCGAACCAUCCCCCCUCCCGCCGUCACUGCCGCCGACGAACCGCUUCCUGACGUUGUCAUCCCGUCGAUUGAAGUAGAAGACACAGAGCAACAACAGCAGCAACCGGCUGCCUGGACUGCAGAAGACGACCAGAUGCUCGUCUCGGUCGUGCUGAACAAACUCAAACUCUCGAAACGGGAGUGGGAAGAGUGCGCUCGGCAGCUGGGCAAGGAUAAUACCAGUGUUGGCAAGCGUUGGCAGGCUCUUGUGGGCGAAGGCAACGUUGGGCUUCGCCGCGGCUCAGGGCAGUUUGUGCGCGGCCGGCUGGACGGCUGUUUUGACCAGUCUUGA